AUGGUGUCCCUAUUCGGUGUCAAUUUCCACGAGGCCAAGCUUGUCCAGAAAGCCCUCCAACACUUCUAUGCCCUCGGUUCUCAGACUGCGACCCGGAUCAUGGCCAAGCACUCCAUCCACCCCAGAGCCAAGAUUGGCACGCUGUCGCCCAAGACCGUCACAGCCCUGACAGCCGAGUUAUCAACCAUGGUGAUAGAAAGCGAUGCGCGAAAGAUCAUCCAGGAUAACAUCAAACGAUUACGUGACAUGGGAACAUACCGCGGCAGAAGACACGCCAUGAACCUGCCCGUCCGCGGCCAACGGACAAGAAACCAGAACAAGACCGCCAUCAAGCUCAACAGAGUCGAGCGCAAGGGGUAG